AGAAUCCAGAGUAAAUGACAACUAUUUUUUCUGGUAAAUUUGGAGAUGAUUUACCAAAUAUAGAGGCUAUACAUAAAAGAUUUUAGGAAAUUUAAAAGUUAGGAAUCAAAAUUUAUGGUAUACAUUUUCAUUGUGGAAGUGGAUCAUCUUCAUUUAGUAAAGUAAAUUAUCAUUAUAAUAAAGGCUAUUGAUUUGGCUAGAGAAUGUAUGAAAAUAGGUAGAGAAUAUGGACAUACAAUGAAAUUACUUGAUGUAGGAGGUGGAUAUCCAACAGGUAUUAUUUAAGAAAAUAUAUUGACUGCUUUGAAAAAAACAAAGGAUGAUCCUUUAGGAUAUGAUGUAAUAGCUGAGCCAGGUAGACAUUUUAGUGCUAACACUUGCUAUCUUUUGUUUAGAGUUAUGGCAAAAAGAAUUAAAUAAGGAAAAUUAUGUUAUCAUGUAAAUGAUUCCUAUUAUCAUUCAUUCAACUGUUUAAUAACUGAUGGAGUUACUUUUGAAAAUUAAAAUGAUUAAUUUUAUGGAGUCUAAACAUCCGAUUUAACUGAUAUAAAUAUUACUGAUCAAUAAAAUGUAUCAAUCUUUGGAAUGACUUGUGAUGGAGCAGAUAUUAUAGCUAACAAUAUUAAACUUCCUAAUAAUAUUGAAGUUGGUGAUUGGUUAUGCAUGGGUGGUAUGGGAAGUUAUACUAUUGGCCCUAAAUCCAAAUUUAAUGGAAUGAAAUGUACAACUAAAGUCUAUAAAUGGGCCUGUAAAAUAAAAGAGUAAGGCUAAAAAUAAUCUUUAAUUUGA